CAAACCCAUAGCACGAAUCUGCAGAGGAUCUGGGUAUCUCGGUCUUAGCAGCUCACAAAAACCAUACAGCUCACAGACUCGGACCUUUCAGUGGCUUCUCCUCCCUUCACGCAUAUUCCUGAUACAAACCGUUGACGUCCCAGCACUUUCGUGAAACAGGGAUACCACAGAAGAUGACCAGAAAGGUCUUUACAAACACCAGAGAGAGGUGGAGGCAGCAGAACGUAAACAGCGCCUUUGCUGAGCUGAGAAAACUUGUCCCGACCCACCCUCCAGACAAGAAGCUGAGCAAAAACGAAAUCCUUCGGUUGGCGAUGAAAUAUAUCGACUUUCUAGUCAAGCUGCUUAAAGAUCAGGGCAUAGACCAAGAGACAGCAGACUUCAGCAAAUCUGGAUCUUUCCCAGAAACUGUCGUCUGCAGUCCACAAGCGAGAGGACACCAGUGGGUGACAGCAAUGCUCCAUCGCCAGCUUCAGGCUGCAGUGGCUGUAUCGAGGGGUCGGUGAGCCCCGGCAGCUCAUUCGAGGAACAUUCAGAAUCAGCUGAUAACACCGUGGCCCCAACCAUCAUAUAUCUCAAUCAGUUUGCUUUGUUCAAAAACUUACACGUUUUAUAGUUUGUGCCCUGGGUUAAACGUGAGCACGUGUCUCCGUACAGAGUCAUACCCCUAUGUGUGUAUGUGUGUGUGUGUGGCUAUUCCUCCGCUUAGUCUCUUUUACUGGCCCGAGUGAAACAUUGAGUCGCCCUAACAUUUUGAUUUCUGCAAAGCUUUAGCGGAAAGAGCACAACAUAGAGCAUGGUUGGCAGUAAGCCCGACAUCUUAUUUCUGAUGUGGGGCUGUGCUGCUUAGCAACAUAGAAAUCAACUACCCACAAGGAGGUCAUUCGGCCCAUCGAGUCCACACCGGCUCACGGAGCAAUGAGAUCAAUCCAAUCUCACUGCCCCACCUUAUCCCCGUACCUUUAUUACUCAGUGUAGAGAUGCAGUUGAGAGCUGCAUUUGCACACAAUUAAGCAGAGGAUAAAAUUACUAUUGAAAAUUUUUCUGUCACUCAAAGAGGGCAACAGUUUACUAUCUUAAACAUUGUAGCCAGUGUUUUCUCAUUACACCUGGACUCAUUAAAACCACAGCUGAUGGUAUGAUGGGAAGGUAAAUCUUCUGAAACGAUGAGAUUGAAAAGGCCGAAGGGUCCUCUUCAUCCCAACCGCUCAUGUGACUAUUUUUCUGGGCGACCGUUUCCACGUAACGUUGCACACUUUGAAUUCCUAUCUCUUGUGAAAUAGGCACUGAUAUAGAUUAGUAGGCAAAAUAGUGCAAGAAAUGUUUCUCUUAUCCAACAGCCGUGGCCAUCAUUUCAGUUCAAAGCUAUCAAAGUUCGUUACUAGAAACUAGCAGGGAAUAUCUAGAUAGUUGUCCUGACUGAGGUCUGAGCUCCUCUAGGAGACUAUAGUGAAGGUAUCUUGGGAACUGGAGAAUUUUCUACAACAGCUUGUAACAGUAGUAUUUCAUUCUGCAUAUGUGUGUGUGUAAUGCAUUCUGUGGUUACAAUUAUAAUAAUACCUGGAUCUGUUAAUCUUUACUAUGCUGUAAGACGUGUAAAAAAUAUUUUACAAUAUUGUGUUUCAAAGGAAGGGUAUUAAUGUAAACUAAAUGUAUUUUUUAACGAACAGGUAUAACUGCUAAAUCCGACCUUGUCAUAUGGUAUGUCGUGGAGAAAGUGAGACCGUGGUUUGUGUGCAAAGGCUUUACAGAGGCAGAGCUUCUGUUCCAUAGAAUUAGUAUUUCACAAUAUGUGUGUGACCAACUGAUCUGUGCUGGUGAUCAAAAUGAGUUACAGUUUGAUUUAAACUUUGCAAGGUAAGACCAGAAGAAUGAUCUUACUGUAUAUGGACUUUGUUCUGUAAAUAUUCUGACCAUUUGACAAUACAUUUUUGUUUGCAUUUUUUUC